AUGGCCUCUCGUACAACGAAAGAUCAGCUUGAAUGUCGCCUCCGCGAAAUGGAACAGAAGGUAAAAGAACAGACUGCCGAAAUUCUUUCCUUAAAUGAAACUAUCCGAGAUCUCAAAGUCGACAACCGAGAGAAGGCGGACGUCAUCAACGAGUUCACAGCAGUGUGCUCCGAGCUCCGCAAGUGUCUAGCGGAGGCUCGCCAGAGAAGUUAUGCCGAAGCCGUCUCUACUCCGAAGCCGCACGAACCGCUGACGUCGCCCCUUGCAAUCGCCAUCCAGGCACAAAAGGCUCUUCGUUUAAGGGAAGAACACUCGAAGGACCUGACUGUUGUCGCGAUUGGUGUGCCAGAAUCGCCAGAAGAGGACCUCCAAGAACAAGUGCAAAAAAUUCUCGAAGAGAAGGGCAUAUCUUCUGACGUCGUUGAGAAGGUCUAUCGACAUGGAGAACGGAAGGAAAACAAGACCCGGGUUGUCAAGAUCAAACUUCGAAACGACCACAGCCAUCGCCUCAUCAAAUUCACAAUCGGUUCAUCUUCGUUCUGCCGCUACGCCAGAAACGACCUCUCCUACGAAGAAUUGGCCGAGGACAGACGCCUGAGGAGCUAUGCGCGUGAGCUGAACCAAAAAGAAGGAAGCUACAUCUACGUCGUGCGUGAUUUGGCCAUUGUCAAGAAAAAAAACCCUACCCCAUUUACCCCAUUUGAGGAACAGGUUCAGGAGGAGAGCGGAUAUAAGACGGUUUCCAACUCCCCACAAUGA